AGGCGUGCGCCACCACGCCCGGCUGAGACCCUUGCUUUUGAAGCUCUCAUUGAUAACAGAUCUUGGGGAAGUUUCCACCAGAGCACAUUGCUUCAAACGCAUCAGACAAGCCCAGAAGAUGAGGAGGCAUAUAAAGAAGGCGCACACCAGAAAAUCUUGAGAAAAAGCUCGGAGCCUCUUAAGCCCAAGAUCAUCUGCUCAGAGAAGAAACGUCUGAAGUGCAAUGGCUGCGAGAAGGUUUUUAGCCAGAGCUCAUGCCUCGCUCUCCAUCAGAGAAUCCACACUGGAGAGAAACCUUAUGCGUGCAUAGAAUGUGGGAAAGCCUUCAGCCAGAGAUCCAACCUUGUCCAGGAUCACAGGAUUCACACCGGAGAGAAGCCCUACCAGUGUAAGGAAUGUGGGAAGGCCUUCAGCCAGAAUGCACAUCUGGCUCAGCACCUGCGAGUUCACACUGGAGAGAAGCCUUAUGGGUGUAAGGUGUGCAGGAAGGCCUUCAGCCAGUUUGCCUACCUCGCUCAGCAUCAGAGAGUUCACACUGGGGAGAAGCCCUAUGAAUGUAUCGAAUGUGGGAAAGCUUUUAGCAAUAGGUCAUCCAUGGCUCAACACCAGAGAGUUCACACCGGAGAGAAACCUUAUGAGUGCAGGGUCUGUGGGAAAGCAUUUAGCCUUCGUGCAUACCUCACGGUGCAUCAGAGAGUUCACACAGGGGAGAGACCCUAUGAAUGUAAGGAAUGUGGGAAGGCCUUCAGCCAAAAUUCCCACCUUGCUCAACAUCAGAGAGUUCAUACCGGAGAAAAACCGUAUAAGUGCCAAGAAUGUAGGAAGGCCUUCAGCCAGAUUGCCUACCUUGCUCAGCACCAGAGAGUUCACACUGGGGAGAAGCCCUACGAGUGUAAUGUUUGUGGGAAGGCUUUCAGUUACUGUGGAUCCCUUGCCCAGCAUCAGAGAAUCCACACAGGAGAGAGACACUAUGAAUGUAAAGAAUGCAAGAAAACCUUCAGGCAACACGCACAUCUCGCUCAUCACCAGAGAAUUCACGUCGGGAAGUCACUCCUAUCACCCAGUCCAGGCAAUCACCAAGUCCUAUAAAUGCCAUCUUCUAAGUAUUUCUGGAAUUUAUGUUCUUUUCUCUGAUUUUAGUGUUGAUUACAACUGUACAGUUUUCAUGGGUUUUCUAC